AUGAGAGAAAGAGCAGAAAACUCCAAUGCUGGGCAUGCAGGCGGUAAUCCUCCUCAGAAGCUGUGGAGCCCUAAACGGCUUAUUAUGAUUUGUGUAACAUUUGGCGCGUUCAUAGGUUUCCUGGGUGGCUACCUGGCCAGCAACGUGACCUACGAGACAUCAAUUUAUAUCAGGCCGAACACAACCCUAUUUUUGACCCCUCCUGGCGUCAACACUGAGCUGGGUAUCAUAGGAGUGUCUGACUGCGUCGAGAUCUAUGAAAAUGUUCGGACAGUCAGCGAGUAUUCACUACAAUAUGGCUCUUACGAGACCCUUUCUCUGAGCCGAAACAUCUCUAUGUUGACCAACGACACCAUAGUGCUUGGUCAGCUCCAGGGGAUUGUUUCUGUUAAGUUCAUGCUCCUUGACGUCAACCACUGCAUGCUAGGGUUGGGUGUACCAUUAACCCUGAGGAAUGAGCAACUGGAGUUCUCCUACUUUCCGUAUAUCUCCGAAUACAGAAGUGUUUUGCGGCCCAAUGAGCCUCAGAUCUACAAUCUGUCUGGCACUAUUGAUGAGUACUUUAAAAUGCUUGCUGUUGUGAACCCGGUGGUGAUACCGAAGAAAGGUAGGGCAAAACUAUCUUCAAUGGUGGAGGACUGCGUAUAUUCUCUUGUAAUUAUUGUCGAAACCACCUCUUACAGCAUGACGAAUGUCCCGCACAGAUCCAUUUUGUAUCCAUCCACCGUGGAUAAAAAUAAAAAAUUCAAGACACCGAUUGCCUUACGUUCUCUGAGUCCGCUGAGCGAACAAACAGUUGUAACGCUAGAGAUGUGCGCCACUGCACACCAACUGAAUUAUCGCACGCAGCUAUUGUCUCUGGCGAUAGCUUCUUUUAUUAUAUUUCUUAUUAUAUGUAUCUAUGCGCUUUGUGGACAUUGUCGCAAUAAAGAAAAAGCGUGA